ACUAGGCUCCCUGCCGCCCCAAUAUGACAAAUAUGGGGAAAAAAUAGUUGUUGUGUGUUGAUGCAAUGUCUUCCACUAUAUUCUCAAUCCCUCGUGGGACCAACUGCUUAUCUAUUGGUCCUGUGGUGACUCGCCUACUCAGGAAUGGAAGGUGCUCAACCAACAAGUCUGAACAGUUUACAACGGCUGCCUGGGGGGGAAUUACUUCCAGACUGAAGUACAGUCCUUCAGUUUCACCAGGUCUGCACACGGAAUAAGAGCUUCUCUUCCCUUAAACAGACUCACUAGGCGUGGAGGACUCUGGAGGACUGCUUUUCCUUAAGGAUUCGGACAGGAUCAGACUUUGACUGUAAAAAGGGGACAGGUUUUGCCAGUUCAUAUUAUGGAAGAGGAUCUUCUGAACGAUAACUGCACAGCAGAUAAUCUGCCCUUGUAUACAUUCUACGCCUCUGUGAUGAUUGUGGAGUUCACCCUGGCUCUGCCUCUUAACCUCUCAGUGCUCUACCUCUUCAUCUUCAAGCUGGAGUUCUGGAAACUGAACUCCAACAACCUUUUCCUGUUCAAUCUCGUGUUGGCUGACCUCCUUCUGCUAGGCUGUUUGCCAGUGAACGCCUACAAUUUUCUUCGCGGAGAGCGGCAGAGUGUGGACGGAAAGAUCUGCAAAGCCAUGCUCUUCAUGCUGUUUCUGAACCGAGGCGCCAGUAUCGGCUUCCUGGCUGUGAUUUCACUCGAUCGCUACUUCAACGUGGUUCAUCCUGGGAACAAGGACUUUGUCCUCAAAAAGUCCCCUCAUAUAUCUGUCUUCAUCUGGCUAGUACUGCUUCCUUUGACGAUCCCCACCAUGCUGAAGACCGGCUGCUGUAGCAGUCAUGGGGACAUCACUGACACUCUGAGAGAGGUUGUGUUUUUCACCCAGAUUCUCAUCCCUUUCUUUGUGUUGGUGUACUGCACGGUCCGCAUUGUCAACAGACUUAAAAAGAAGACAGUAGGUGACAGGACCAAGCUGCGUCGAGCAGUGUUUCUGGUCACCUCUGUCAUGCUGCUCUUUUCUUUCUGUUUCCUGCCUUGUACCAUCGCUAGAAUUGUUCUGUUGAUUGUCAGAGCCAUGGAUUUAGAGAAUGCUAAGAAUAUAGCUGUUCAGGUCUAUGAUGGUUUCAUAGUUUUUUCCCACAUGGACUGUCUAGUGGACCCAAUUGUGUACUGUUUAAGCAGCACUAAGUUCAAACACCUCUACCUGACAACGUAUUGCCCCUGUCUACUGAGAAACAACGCAGAAAUGGUUGAAAGAACAAACCCGACACGAACCAACUUAAAUCUAAAACGCAACAACAACACACUGUAGCUAGUAGUCUAAAACGCAACAACAACACACUGUAGCUAGUAGGUAAUGAUACUUCUGGGUGUGGGCGUGGUUGUGGGUGUGGUCGUGGGCGUGGCCACAGUUUUUAAAGAGUUUCUUGUGGUUAUACACUUUCAUGGGGCUGAGAAUUUUUUGGUAUUUAAAAAAAAAAAGAAAUAAGAGAAUUUCCUGCAAUUCUACACAUUUUACCAUGGCUUAUGUCAUAUAACUGAAACUUUGUUAAAACAAGUCUAUUGGGGCCCCAUGCCAGGACAUUUUUUUAAAACAUUUUAGAUUCUCUCUGACUGUCUAGUUUUUUAUUUUGGUGAUGGUUAGUUCUCAAAGAUGAUCUUAUUUCAAAAGAUAUCGCUCCGUUUAUCUUUUCUACAUACUUUCUAUCUGGUUUUAGUCGUUUUAAGUUCACACUGAAAAGGUUUUUUACCAUGUUCAUCUGUUUUGAUGUGGCAGCCCGCCGCUGCUAAAUGAGUAUAGGGGAAGCACUGGCAUGUUCAUCUGUUUUGAUGUGGCAGCCCGCCGCUGCUAAAUGAGUAUAGGGGAAGCACUGGCAUGUUCAUCUGUUUUGAUGUGGCAGCCCGCCGCUGCUAAAUGAAUAUAGGGGAAGCACUUGCAUGUUCAGCUUCUGUUUGCCAAAUCAGACUGUGAUUCAAUACUGGUUUCUGUUAUGAUCAGUCAUCGGGUUCGUUCACCUGUGAUAUCAUCAUGUUAAACAGAUCAUCAUGAUGCUGUUACUAAUUGUCUGUGUCAAAUAAAUAUUCUCCUCAAAUGAUGCUCCCAUAAAAAUGAUUGUUACGACUACUACUACUACCACCAAGACAACAACAGCUGAUAGGAGCUACCCCCUCUUCCCUUGGAGAGGUAAGACCACAUUAUAUACUACUACUACCACCAAGACAACAACAUCUGAUAGGAGCUACCCCCUCUUCCCUUGGAGAGGUAAGACCACAUUAUAUACUACUACUAGUACUACAACAGCUGAUAGGAGCUACCCCCUCUUCCCUUGGAGAGGUAAGACCACAUUACAGUUGAAGUCGGAAGUUUACGUACACUUAGGUUGGAGUCAUUAAAACUCAUUUUUCAACCACUUCACACAAUUCUUGUUAACAAACU